GUAUACCAAGCUUGGCUACGCAGGCAACGCUGAGCCGCAGUUCAUUAUCCCUUCAUGCAUUGCCAUCAGAGAGUCCGCGAAAGUAGUGGACCAAGCCCAGAGGAGAGUGUUGAGGGGAGUUGACGACCUCGAUUUUUUCAUAGGAGAUGAAGCCAUCGACAAACCUACCUAUGCUACAAAGUGGCCGAUACGACAUGGAAUCAUUGAAGACUGGGAUCUUAUGGAAAGGUUCAUGGAACAAGUGGUUUUUAAAUAUCUUCGAGCUGAACCUGAGGACCAUUAUUUUUUAAUGACAGAGCCUCCCCUGAACACCCCAGAAAAUAGAGAAUACCUCGCAGAAAUCAUGUUCGAAUCAUUUAACGUGCCAGGACUCUACAUCGCAGUCCAGGCAGUGCUGGCGCUGGCAGCCUCCUGGACCUCCCGACAAGUUGGCGAGCGCACGCUCACGGGGAUAGUCAUCGACAGCGGGGACGGAGUCACCCACGUUAUCCCAGUGGCAGAAGGUUACGUAAUUGGAAGCUGCAUCAAACACAUCCCGAUUGCAGGUAGAGAUAUUACGUAUUUCAUUCAACAGCUGCUAAGGGAGAGGGAGGUGGGAAUCCCUCCUGAGCAGUCACUGGAGACCGCAAAAGCCAUUAAGGAGAGAUACUGUUACAUUUGCCCAGACAUUGUCAAGGAGUUUGCUAAGUACGAUGUGGAUCCCCGGAAGUGGAUCAAGCAGUACACAGGCACCAACGCGACCAACCAGAAGAAGUUCAUUAUAGAUGUUGGGUACGAAAGGUUCCUGGGACCUGAGAUAUUCUUCCACCCGGAGUUUGCCAAUCCAGACUUCAUGGAGUCCAUCUCGGACGUGGUCGAUGAAGUGAUCCAGAGCUGUCCCAUUGAUGUCCGUCGCCCGCUGUAUAAGAAUGUCGUUCUUUCAGGAGGCUCCACGAUGUUCCGGGAUUUCGGGCGCCGGCUGCAGAGGGAUUUAAAGAGGGUGGUGGAUGCCAGAUUAAAACUCAGUGAAGAGCUCAGCGGCGGCAGGAUCAAGCCCAAGCCCGUGGAGGUGCAGGUGAUCACGCAUCACAUGCAGCGCUACGCCGUGUGGUUCGGGGGCUCCAUGCUGGCCUCAACCCCGGAGUUCUUCCAGGUCUGCCACACGAAGAAGGACUACGAGGAGUACGGCCCCAGCAUCUGCCGCCACAACCCCGUCUUCGGAGUCAUGUCUUAGUGUCUGCCACGGAGCUGUCCCUCGGGCGCGCCUCGCUGGGAGCCGGAGUCCCGCGGAGCCCGAGCGCCGCGGUCCCGUGUGCGGGCGGUGCUGUGGCGGCGCCGCGUGCAUGAGGCUGCGCAGCCCGCCCGGCCAGAGCGUCUGCUCACGCGCCCAUCGCGCCCACCUCCGCCUCUGCUCUGAGCUUCCCGCCUCGGCGCAGUUCUGAAGGAGUUCAGCAUGGCUUUACGUAACGAUAGAGAAGGGCGCAGAAUCGCCCCCCAGGAAGAGUGUGGGGGUGUGAACCCCGUCCUCCCGGCUUAUUUUUGUAAAUAAAAUGUUACAAACUUGAAAUACAAAUGGAUGUUUAUAUUUCCUAUCAUUUUGUAUUUUAUGGUCUUUGGUACAACUGACCGAUACUAAGCACGAGUACGUGUUGCUGUCAUGGAGUGCCGUAAUAAAAGUGCUACAACCGUGAGGCAUGUUACGAUGUGUUCGUAGGCAAACAAUAGCAGAGCAAACUGUUUCGCCCCCUGUUUGCUGGAAAACGAUUAUACUUUGUCAGGGCGACCUGAAGUCCGAACACUGGACAGGCUCGAGUGGGCACCGCCGCGGGCCGGUGUCCCGGGCUCCGCGUGUGCUUUGGGAAAGCGUUUUGUGGAAGAUGAUGGCGAUGUUGCCGAGUGUUGGAUGAGAUACUACCUUGCACUGUUGUAAUAAAAACUGUUUGAAUCUUCAUAAA